AUGUUCCCCUCAGCCCUUGGACCCAGAGAGGUGGAGGUGGGAGAAGGUGGCCGCCAGGGUUCCCGUUGCUCCCUCUCCCACAGGGAGCGCCUCAGCUGGGCCCUGGAGCCGAUGGAGCAGAGGGGACGCCAAGCAGCUGGAGAGGAGGCCAUGGGUGCUCAGGUCGGGGUGCUGCUGCUGGUGCAGCUUCCCUUCCCUGCUUCCUCCUCUAGGAGCUGCUGGGACGCUGGAGUCUGCAGGCCCCCAGUCCUCCGCCCACCCUUGCAGUCCCCCUUGUCCUCUCGCAGCCUGUGGGCAGCCUCGUGUGUCCAGUCGGAUCGUGGGGGGCCAGGACGCCCGGGCCGGAGAGUGGCCGUGGCAGGCGAGCAUCCAGCACCGCGGGGCGCACGUGUGCGGGGGCUCGCUCAUCGCACCGCAGUGGGUGCUGACGGCGGCGCACUGCUUCCCGAGGUCUGCGGGCAAGCCACGAGUGGGGCGCUGCCGACCGAGUACAGCGUGCGCCUCGGGGCGCUGCGCCUGGGUCCUGCCUCGAGGCCCCGCGCUCUGUCGGUGCCUGUGCGGAAGGUGCUGCUGCCCCCGGACUACUUCAAGGACGGGGCCCGCGGCGACCUGGCGCUGCUGAAGCUGCGCCGCCCAGUGCCCCUAAGCGUCCGAGUCCAGCCUGUCUGCCUGCCGGAGCCCGGGGCCCACCUUCCACCCGGUACACCGUGCUGGGUCACUGGCUGGGGCAGCCUCCACCCUGGAGUGCCACUUCCAGAGUGGCGACCUCUACAGGGAGUAAGGGUGCCAUUGUUGGAUUCACACACCUGUGACCGCCUCUACCAUGUUGGUACCAAUGUGCCCCUUGCCGAGCACAUAGUCCUACCGGGGAACCUGUGCGCCGGCUAUGUCCAGGGCCACAAGGAUGCCUGCCAGGGUGACUCCGGGGGACCCCUGACCUGCUUGGAGUCUGGGCGCUGGGUCCUGGUGGGCGUGGUGAGCUGGGGUAAGGGCUGUGCCCUGCCCAACCGUCCAGGUGUCUAUACCAAUGUGGCCACUUACAGACCCUGGAUUCAGGCUUGCCUCAGGCUCUGAUGUGGUGACACUGACCUGGAGUCAGACACUGAGGUCCCUCAGUUACCUGGACCGUCUGAGGACCUGCACAUCCCACUUCUGACUUGAGGCUCAGAAGCCUGCUAAAGCUAAGGGGUCAUCCAUUCAUCCACCUGUCCACCUCCUGCUUCCUCCUUGGGGCUCACCAAAACCGAGCUGCCAUCCCUCACCUAGAAGCCUCCCAGGUGCCGGGAUCUCACACUUCUGCCUUUCUGCUCAUUUACCCUCCUCAGCUGCCGCCAGGGCUGGGCCUGGCACCCAGAGACAGGCAAGCAAGCUAGGGUCUUGCCCGGCCUGUAUGUCCCUCUUUUUCUGAUAGAAGACAGGGAGAUUCGGGUGCAGGAUUCAGCUCCAAGGAGAUGGUUCUCUAUCACUAGCUUUGAAGAUGGGGGGUGGGGGGGUUGUCAUGUGGCAUGGAACUGCAAGCAGCCGCCAGGAGUGGAGGGCAGCCCUGGCUGACAGCCUUCAGGAAAAGGGAAACAUGUUACAACCUCAAGGAACUGAAUUCUUCCCCCAGCCUCCAGGUGAGAGCCUGAUAGGCUAAGCCCUUGAUUUCGGCCUGGUGAGACCUUAGGCAGAGAACCCAGCUGAGCCCACCCAGACUUCUGGCCCAAAGAGCUGUGAUUUAAUAAAUUUGUGUUGUUUUAAGCUGC